GAGUGUAGCCGAAAACACCCGGAAGUGAGACCAGUGAAAUGUAGAGUCGUGUGAGGAAACGGUAGCGGCUCUGUUCUCCACACUCACUAGCUUUAACAGUUGUAAGGUGCAGCUUGUACUCAUUCCACCAGCAACUAUGUCCGUUUUGUGUUAUAACAAAGGAUGUGGACAGCGGUUUGACCCUGAAAAUAACCCAGAAGAUGGCUGCACUCAUCAUCCAGGAGUCCCCGUGUUCCACGACGCACUCAAGGGAUGGUCCUGCUGCAAGAGAAGAACCACUGACUUCUCAGACUUCCUCAGCAUUGUUGGCUGUACGAAAGGUCCACACAACAAGGAGAAGCCCCCCGAGCCGGCGAAACCAGAUGUGACAGAAAAGAAGGACGGCGAGGACCAAAAAACAAAGUUUAAUGAGUUCAUCAUCUCAGCACCAAUACCUCAGGAGGCAAUCCGCAGACCAAGUCCUGAUGAGCCGAUGGUGAGAUUGCAGCAUAAAGUCUCCACCUCUCUGAAGCAGGCUCUGGAGAAACUUAAACUUUCUGAAAAUGCGGCAGAGGAGAAAGAGGAGGACAGUGACGAAAUCAAGAUCGGAACAUGCUGUAAGAACGGAGGAUGCACUAAAAGUUUUGAUGGACCUGCAAGUGACGCAGAUGUCUGCUCAUACCAUCCUGGAUUUCCUAUCUUCCAUGAAGGGAUGAAAUACUGGAGCUGCUGUAAGAGGAAAACCUCCGACUUCAACACCUUCCUCUCUCAAGAGGGUUGCACCAAGGGGACGCAUCUAUGGAGGAAAAAAGAUGCGGGUAAGAAAGUGGUCCCGUGUCGGUUUGAUUGGCACCAGACUGGGUCGCAGGUCAUCAUUUCCAUCUACGCCAAGAACGCCGUCCCAGAGCUGUGCUACGUGGAUGCAAACAGCACAAUACUAAACAUCCGGGUCAUAUUUGAAGGAGAGAAGGAGUUUGAGCAGAAAUUCAGCCUGUGGGGAGUGAUCGAUGUGAGUAAAAGUGUAGUGAACAUGAUGGCCGCCAAGAUUGAGGUGGCCAUGAAGAAGUCCGAGGCCAUGUCAUGGGCUCGUCUGGACCUCCCUCCACCUGUCAUCCCGCCCAAGGAGAGUGAGGAGAAAAAAGAGGAGGAAGAUAGUGAAGAAGAGGAGGAGGAUGACUGAUGAGAAAUUACUAUACAAUCACAGUGUUUAUUUUUAGCUGGAUCCGAGGCUGUGCAGUCCAUUCAGUACCUCUUUAAAGAGUCACCUCUUUUACUGUCAUGGAACUAUGGCCUCUUAAAAGUUACAGUGCUUUUACCCUUUCAUUCUUACCAGUCAUCCCUCUUAAAUUUUGCCCGCUCCUCAAGUUUUGGCCCUUUUAUUGGUCAUUAAAUGGGUCGGAAUGCUUAAGACUGAAAGUAUUUUUUACAACACUUUUUUAUUCAAGUACUGAAUGCUAAUAAGAGGAACACUGACUUUUGGUUCACUUUAAAUCAAGCCUGAUAAUGACUCAUUUAAUUGCACUGAACUUCCUCAGAAUAUGACCCGGCACGGUUAGAUCAGAGUCGGGUGUGACCACGCUUGAUGUCGGACCCUUUGAACCUUUCAUCAUCAAGUCUGUCUGAAGGACUACAGCUGGGUCUAAUUUCAUUCCACCUUUUGGUUUCAUAUGUCAAUGCUGUUGUCACAUUUAGUGUCUGAUAGAGCAGCUUUGUGUAGUUUGAGGAGUAAAUUUGGAUCCCUGAGAUGUCCACACUUAUAAAAUAUUGAGAAUAUUCAGAAUAAAGUGUCACAGGAAAUACAACAGUUCGUCAUUUUAAAGUUGUACAGCUGUGUUCCCUCUCUCACCUCUCAAAGUUAAAACAGUUAAAUCGCUCUGACUUCCUUUUUCGUUUUUUUAUGUUAUUUUAUCCACUGUAUAUUUUGUACACGUUUUUUCAUUCACAUGUUGUAUUUAUCUUAAUUUCUCAUCAAACAGCAUAGUCUAGUUUAAAUAAUCAGAAUGUACUGUAAUAUCUGAGAAUGCCAUUUGAAUACAAGGUAUUUAAAGAAAAGUACUGUAUUAGUAAAAGUGCUACGCCACACAGCAUGACUCAAGGCUUAGAAUGUAUGAAAUAUAUCUGGCUAAAUGGAGCCGUGACGUAAGGGUAAAACUAUGGAACCAAUUUAUCUUACCAAAAAUAAAUUUUGUUGGAAUUUUAACACAGA